CAUGUCGAAGAUCUCUGUUGCCGGCGUGCGCCAGAACGUCAAGGAACUGCUUGAGUACAGCAAUGAGACCAAGAAGAGGAACUUCCUCGAGACCGUCGAGCUCCAGAUCGGCUUGAAGAACUACGACCCCCAGCGUGACAAGCGUUUCUCCGGAACUGUCAAGCUUCCCGUCGUUCCCCGCCCUCGCAUGUCGCUCUGCGUCCUCGGUGACCAGCACGAUAUUGAUCGCGCUAAGCACUUGGGCACCGAUGCCAUGUCUGCGGACGACUUGAAGAAGCUGAACAAGAACAAGAAGCUCAUCAAGAAGCUCGCCCGCAAGUACGACGCCUUCCUCGCCUCCGACGCCCUCAUCAAGCAGAUUCCCCGUCUCCUUGGUCCCGGUCUGUCUAAGGCCGGCAAGUUCCCUACCCCCAUCUCCCACGCCGAAGAUCUCGGCAACAAGAUGACCGAGGUCAAGUCCACCAUCAAGUUCCAGCUCAAGAAGGUGCUCUGCAUGGGUGUCGCUGUCGGCAACGUUGGCAUGACCGAGGAUGAGCUCAUUGGCAACAUCAUGUUGGCCAUCAACUACCUCGUCUCCCUGCUCAAGAAGGGAUGGCAGAACGUUGGGUCCCUGACCAUCAAGGCUACCAUGAGCCCUCCCAAGCGCCUUUACUAAGUGUGCUGGGUCGGUUCGUAGCUGGAUCAGGAGUAUUUAGCGGCCGAAAUCGAUCUGAGAGUCUCGGUUCUCGCUCUCAUGACGUUUAAAGCGUAUCUCAAGUGUGGGCAUUAGUGUAGUAUCGUAAUGAAAUGCAUGAAGC